CCUCAACAAGACGUCGCCUCCGCAUUCACCACCCACGCCUUCCUACGCGGCGCACCUACUUCGCCCCUCCGCCAUCUCCACGCAGUUCCUCACCCCCGCCGCGACGCAACCAUGGACUCCCCCGAGCCGGAUACCCCUUUCAGCGCCGUAACAGCACAAACGACCAAGUACGGGCGCCUGUUCCAAACUUACCUCGACAAGUCGACGCCCUACACACCUUACCGAUGGGGCGGCACAGCGACGCUCUUCCUGCUCUUUGGCCUACGCAUCUUCUUCGCCCAGGGCUGGUACAUCGUCGCAUACUCGCUCGGCAUCUACUUGCUGAACCUCUUCCUCGCCUUCCUGUCGCCCAAGUUCGACCCCGCGCUCGAGCAAGAUGAGGGCAUGGAGGACGGCAAUGCGAGCGGCUUGCCUACCAAGGAGGACCAGGAGUUCAGGCCGUUUGUCCGCAGGCUGCCCGAGUUCAAGUUUUGGUACUCGACCACCAAGGCAAUUGCUAUUGGCUUCUUCUGCAGCUGGUUCGAGAUCUUCAACUUGCCCGUCUUCUGGCCAGUGUUGGUCGUUUACUGGUUGAUUCUUUUUGGCUUGACGAUGCGACGACAGAUUCAACACAUGAUCAAGUACCGCUACGUCCCCUUCACCGUCGGAAAGACACGGUACCAGAACGCCAACUAAGUCGGGUCGAUCGAUCGACCGACCAUCUGCUUUCACUUCGUCGGAUAACGGUCUGGAACUUUGGGAAGGUUGCCAUCAACGGCUGUUUUUGGGCAUGGGCGUCUUUUUCCGGUCCGCGAUAGACUUCGAGCUUCAUUACUCGCAACUCGGGGUUGCUUUAGGGAAGGGGGUGCUGCCACGAUAACGCGUUGGAUGUUCUAUGAUGUGUACACGUAGCAGGAAAGCCAAGAAGCUUAUAUCUUUAAUACCAGAAAAAUAGUACCA